GUUUAUGCUACGCUGAAUUCGGAGGGCGCGAACCACGUGCUGGAUCAGCUUACACUUAUUCAUACAUUUGUUCUGGAGAAUUAGUCGCAUUUAUCAUUGGAUGGAAUCUGAUACUGGAAUAUGUUAUAGGUAGUGCCAGUGUAGCGCGAGGUGUUAGUGUUUAUCUUGAUUCGAUACUGGAUGGUGUCAUAGGAAAGGCUUUUGCUUCAUUCGCACCUCUAUCACUUUCCUUUCUUGCUGGUCAUGUGGAUUUUUUGGCUUUUAUAUUAGCCGUCUUAUUUGCAGUGGCUUUAGCUUUAGGAGUGAAAAAAUCUACAAUGGUCAAUAACUUAUUUUCAUUGUUGAACUUGAUCGUCGUGGUGUUUGUUAUAAUUGCUGGAAGCAUAAAGAUCGAUAUCAAAAAUUGGAAAAUCAAGCCUGAGACGUUGCCUGCAGUCGUGCAAGCUACCCAGAACAUUGGCUCUGGCGGAUUCUUCCCGUUCGGUGUGAUGGGAACAAUAAAGGGGGCUGCAACUUGUUUCUAUGGUUACAUCGGCUUUGACUGCAUUUCAGCAAGUGGCGAAGAAGUUCAAGAGCCAAGAAAAACCAUACCACGUGCAAUAAUUGCAACACUGGUAAUUGUUUUCAUCUCGUACUUCGGCGUUUCUGCAGUGAUAACACUUAUGUUGCCUUACUACGAUCAGAAUCGUGAUGCGCCAUUGCCUUAUGCGUUUGCUGCUGUUGGAUGGAAUUUUGCAAAGUGGAUAGUUGCUAUAGGAGGUCUUUUCGGUUUAAUUACUAGUUUGUUUGGAUGUAUGUUUCCACUGCCUCGUAUUUUGUAUGCCAUGGCUUCUGAUGGAUUGAUUUUUAGAUUUAUGGGCCGCGUUAGUGAUACAUAUAAUACACCCGUCAGUGGAACAAUUCUAGCUGGAUUACUUACCGGUUUGAUGGCUGCGUUGUUUGAUCUAAAUCAGCUGGUAAAUAUGAUGUCAAUAGGAACGUUAACUGCCUAUACGAUGGUCGCCGCAUGUGUACUUUUGUUAAGAUAUGAAUACCCAGUUAAGGUAUACCAUGCAUCAGAUUCAGCAGCUGAAAGUGAAAGUGAAAUGCUGUUAUCCAAUCAUAAAACGAAUAGGCAUGAAGUAGUCGAAGACUCUGAAGUUGAAUCAGAUGAACCCGGUAAAGAGUAUGACGCUUCCGAUUCCGAUAACUACACUACUACACCACCUCAAGAAAGAAGUGCUCUAGUUUCGAAAAAUAAAAUUGUUAAACACAAUUUGCGGAAUGUAUUGUCGCAAGUGAUAAAUAGAGAAGGUUCGACUACCCCGACGUCUUUGUCACAAUAUGUGUUCCAUUGGCUCAUUUGCAUAUACGGAAUUCUUUGUCUGGCUCUCGGUUUAAGUCUAGUUUAUGGCGAGAAGGCACUAAGCAAAUUGGAGCCAUGGAUAAUCGUCUUAUGUACCUUCUUGUCAUUGCUUCUGGUGUUAAACGUCUACGCCAUGGCUCGGCAACCCAGUAGCGGCAAACCAGACACAUUCAGUGUACCACUCGUUCCAUACGUUCCUGCAAUUAGUAUUUUUGUGAACAUUUUACUAAUAUUAAUGCUGGACCCUGCCACGUGGAUUCGAUUUGGGAUAUGGAUGACAAUAGGAUUCUUAGUUUUUGUUCUGACGAGACAUUGCGUACGCAAAAAUGAUGACACCACUUGGAGAAGCGUAACUCCUCGUUCAAAGAUACCUAUAAGAAAUAAUCCUAUUCCCAGCGUAGAGCUGCCCCAUAAUAUAGAUUAUGCUUAUGAAAAUUGUGUUGAAAUUGAAACAAUGGAGGAAGUAAAACAAUCUCCCAUUUCAAUGCAUGAAUCUUUGGUUGUGUUACCAGACCUAGUCAUGCCCACGAAAGCUUUAGCAACAACAUUAACAAACAAUAGUUGUGAUAAAGAAGAAAAAUAUUCACCAAACCUUCAACAAAAUGUUGAUUCACUAAAUGAAAAACAUGAACCAAAAAAUGAAAGAUCUGACCAAGUUUUUGAACCUUCGGAAACUGUUAUGGCCUAUUUUGAUGACAUAUUACAAAAUGAAGAUACCGAAUCUUCCACGUUUAAAUCGUCUCCUGAACUUCGAAAAAGCUCUUCAAAAAGCAAUAACUCAUCCAUUAAAUCAAUCAGAAGUUCAAUAUCUUCCACUGAAUCUUGCUUAUUACGUGACGGAGCGCUGAAAGAGUUUUCCGAUACCUGUGAAAGUAAAAAUGAAAUCGAUAUCAAAAAUGACGAAUUCAAAGACAACGAUGAUAAAGCUCACUGUAAUGACAAUAUUCAAAUAGUUAAUCCUGCAGGACUGGUAAAUUCUCAAAAUGAUGGUUGUUAUAAACCCGAAACUGAUAAAACUAAUACAGGAUCUAGUUCUGUAAAGCUCAGAGAUAAAAAUUCAGACUCAGCGUCAAUUAGAAGUUCUUUAUUCGCCCAAAAAUUAGAGAAAAUUCUUGGAGAUGGAAUUGGAAGUCUAAGUAUUGAAGGAAUUCCGCCUAUUCAGUCAGUUCCAAUUGAGCAAAAUAGUCAAUUGAGCAAAAUAGCUCAAGAUUCAAAUGUUGCGACUGAUCUGUCUACAAGUACUAAGACUCCUUUUAAUAUACCCAGUCCUCCAAAAAUGCCUACUCCAGAAAUAUUAAGAAAAAUAAACUCUACACCGGCUAACUUAAAUAAGCUAAGAAUUUCAGUGAUCCCAUUAUUUGAAGAAUUAGAGAACAGAAAAAGUAAUCUGAGGCAUAGACCAGAGAAUGUAACCCAUAAAAAUAUAAAUGAGACACAAUUAUUGAACAACCAAGAAACUUUAGAACUGCAAGGAAAGCGACAACCCGAAACAAAUGCAAUUGCAAACAAAAAUUACGCAUUAGUAACAGUUACACCUUAUUCAUCGCCAGAAAUAUUAAAUGAUUCAAUGCCUCCUAAUUUAUUGGAAGAAAAAAGCGAUAAACUAGAGAAUAAUAUCAAUGAUGGUGCCAAUGUCAUGUCGCGAGCAGAACUUAGAGACAAACUAAACUCUAUUCUCGCUUUUAGACUGUCACAAGUAGAACCAAAACAAAGUGAACAAAUCUCAAUACUGCCUGAACAUAAUAAUGAAGAGCAUGACGCAUAA